GCUUGUCCAAAGCACUAGCAGACAUGGAGAUGGCAGACUAUAGCGAGGCCCUGGACCCGGCCUACACCACAUUGGAGUUCGAGAACAUGCAAGUGCUCGCCAUGAGCACAGACUCCUCGCCAGCUGAGGGUGCCAACCUGAAUGCUGCCAAUCACCUGGGCACAGGGACUCUGUGUGCUAUCUGUGGUGACCGGGCAACAGGAAAACACUAUGGAGCCUCCAGCUGUGAUGGCUGCAAGGGUUUCUUCAGACGCAGCGUUCGCAAAAACCACAUGUACUCGUGCAGAUUCAGCAGACAGUGCAUAGUGGAUAAAGACAAGAGGAACCAAUGCAGAUACUGUAGGCUUAAGAAAUGCUUUCGGGCCGGAAUGAAAAAAGAAGCUGUACAGAAUGAAAGAGACCGAAUCAGUACCAGAAGGUCCAGUUACGAGGACAGCAGCUUUCCCUCCAUCAAUGCACUCAUCCAAGCUGAUGUCCUCUCCAGACAGAUCUCCUCUCCAGGUCCGAUCAUGAACGGUGACAUCAGAACAAAAAAGAUGGCCACCAUUACAGAUGUGUGUGAAUCUAUGAAGCAGCAACUGUUGGUACUGGUCGAGUGGGCUAAAUAUAUCCCAGCCUUCUGUGACCUCCCACUGGAUGACCAGGUGGCUUUGCUUCGAGCUCAUGCUGGAGAACAUCUCCUGCUUGGAGCUGCCAAGCGCUCCAUGCUUUACAAGGACCUUUUGCUAUUAGGUAAUGACCAUAUAGUUGCUCGGAAUUGCCCAGAGUUGGAAGUGAGUCGCGUAGCAGUAAGGAUCCUUGAUGAGUUGGUCCUUCCUUUCCAGGAACUCCAAAUAGAUGAUAAUGAAUAUGCCUGCUUGAAGGCCAUUGUAUUCUUUGAUCCAGAUGCCAAAGGUCUCAGUGAUCCGAGCAAGAUCAAGCGGAUGCGUUACCAGGUGCAGGUCAGUUUAGAGGACUACAUCAACGACCGGCAGUAUGACUCGCGGGGACGAUUCGGCGAGCUUCUGCUUCUGUUACCCACACUGCAGAGCAUCACCUGGCAAAUGAUUGAGCAAAUCCAGUUUGUUAAGCUGUUCGGGAUGGCCAAGAUUGACAACCUCCUGCAAGAGAUGCUUCUGGGAGGUUCUGCUAAUGAGGCCCCCCAUGCUCCUCCAUCUUUGCAUCCACACCUGGUCCAUGAGCACCUCAGCAACAAUGUUAUUGUGACCACCAGCAUGGCCACUCCAAUUCACAAUGGACAAAUGUCCACACCUGAAACUCCAAUCCCAUCUCCUCCACCGGCUUCCAGCUCUGAGCAUUACAAACUGGCUCAGGGCGUCAUAGCUUCGGUGCCUAAACAGCCGACAGCCAUUCCUCAACCUACAAUCACCAAGCAAGAGAGCAUCUGACCAUC